CUCACCCGAACCUCCCCUGGAAGGUCCCGCCCACCUCCUGUCCGAUGGAAUCGCACCCCUACACCCUGACCCACCCCCUCUGAAAUGGUCACUGCCUUGAAUCUCUGCAAUGAGACGGCAAGAGCAGGUCGUGUGUUACGAAUCUUUCAGGCAUCACAUACUGAGAAUCGGUUAGGCAUAAAUUGACAAGACGGCUCGUGGAGUUUGUGUUAUUGUUUUUAGCAUUAUGGCUAGCUAAUUCCUAGCUAGAUAAACAGUCUGGUUAUCGAGACUCAAUUAUAUAAUCAUAUGUUAACGUAAUUUCACAGAUAUCGCUAGGUUUAACGUUGGUUGGAUAAAAGCUUGCUAGCUCUAUACCUAGCUGGCUCUGCUACCAUCUGUGGCAACAUUACACAUAAGUGCGUUGGAAAAAUACAGUUUUUACAAACUUAGCUUGCAUCCACUGCAUUGCCAGUGACAGUGGAAACGUUGCGAUCAACAUAUUUUCUGCAUGUAUGUGACCGUGGAACCAAACCACAUUUUCAGAAUGCCGAAUAUAGGGUUCCAGAACCUUCCGCUCAAUAUCUACAUUGUUGUUUUUGGAACGGCGAUAUUUGUGUUCAUCCUCAGUCUCCUCUUCUGCUGCUACCUGAUCAGGUUACGGCACCAGGCACACAGAGACCUGUACGCCUACAAGCAGGUUAUACAGAAGGAGAAAGUGAAAGAGCUAAAUUUACAUGAGAUAUGUGCGGUGUGCUUGGAGGAGUUCAAGCAGAAGGACGAGUUGGGAAUCUGCCCCUGCAAACAUGGCUUCCACAGGAAGUGCCUCAUUAAGUGGCUGGAGGUGCGCAAGGUGUGCCCGCUGUGUAACAUGCCCGUCCUGCAGCUGGCACAGCAGCAGGGUGGCACGGCGCCCCAGGGUGGCACAGAGCCCCAGGGUGGCACAGAGCCCCAGGGUGGCACGGAGCCCCAGGGCCCUGUACCGCAGCCCCUGCCAGGCAUGGACAACCCGGUGUAGCGCCCCCUGCUGGAACAGCCUCUCCUCACACACUCUCACCUGUACAGGAGCACCUGGAUGAGUCUAUGGACAGGAACACUACUGCUAUGCAGAGGCCCAGAACACUUGAAUCUCCUCGUCUUUUUUUUCUCCUUCUCUACCUGGGCGGACUCACACUUAUUUUAUUAUUUUUUAUUAUUAAUAUUGUUCUUACUGACAAUGAAGAACUCUUCUCUUAAUCUCCUGUUUCUGCUAUGUACAGCUUAGCUUAACUGGCCAAGCCAUGGUCACACCUGACUGUUUCAUAACCAAAGCACUUUUUUGGGGGAAGAGGGACAUCAGUUUAAAAAGUUUUUUUUUUUUUUUUUUAAGUCUAAUUUGAAAUAGCUAAAUCAGUGUGCACUUUAUAAGAACUAAAAUCCUACUGGAGUGUGAAGGUCAUGCAAAGGUCAUAUUUUAUGUCUUGUUUUUUUUGUUGUUGUGCUAAUGCGUUGAACGCGGCUAGGAUUUCUGUUAAUCCACUUCAGAACUUUUUCAAAAAAAGGUCAUAACACUUUAUUCAGAAGGGGCAAACACGCUGGUGAUGACAGAUGCUUUGGUGAUAAAUUAAGGGGGUGACAUAGUCAAUGGUGGUGAAAGAUUGGGGUCUGAUUCCAAAACUAGAAAAACCACAUUGUGUGGUAUUGUUACUGCCACAUAUGUAAAUAGUUCUUUUUUUAAUACAGUUGAAAUUAUUGAUUAUUAUUGUUAUUUAUUUAUUUUUACUUACUUUAUUGAACUAAGGUCAAAAUCUACUCUAGGGUUUAAUUUAUAUAUCGGACUAUCUAGGUCUGGGGUAUCCAUACAUUUUGACACUAUGCAAAAGAGCUGUACAUUUACCUGUGUUUUCACACAUAUCUUAUCAACAACUAGUGUCCGUCAGCAUCACAUGUAAUACCAGACAGCUGAGUUUUGUACAGAUGAGGAAAAAGUGAGAGCUAAUAUUGCCUUUAGGAGUAUGAACACAGUGACGGAGUGCGGGUGUAGGGUGUAAUCAUUUGAAAACACACUCCGGUCAGUGAUUUCUGUAAUAGCUAUAUCGCGCUGUGUUGGACCACUUUGCAAGACAAAGGAAAACGUUCUUCUCUCAGCAACUUAUCUUCAGCAGUUAAUUUACCUGCUGAAUAGCACUUACAUGCAUUAAGCCUUCAAAAGCAUUGAGGGCAGAAUUAACUAUUUUGAUUGUGUUUAAAACCUAUCUACCAAAAAACGCUCCUUACUGAAGCAAUGGAUGACCACAGAAUGAAGCUCUUAAUGAUUGGAGUUAGUUUGAGUCUUGCGUCAGGUGUAACAGUGAGUCUUCAUUACUGUUACUGCUAUUGUACUAUACUGUGAGUGUAGAGCACAGGAUAUAAGUUUAAAGUUCUUCUUGUAAAUGUUACCUUCUCUACAGGUAGUCUACACAUUGUGUUUUCUACUUUGUCCCCACGGUCAAGGCGUAAGUACCUGAGUAUUGUCAUUCCAUUUUAAACAUGCUGCAACUUUUAAAAGAAGGGAAAAUACAAAUUGCUGCUUACAAAUUGAGGUGAAAGGCAUGGCCACUGGCCGCACCUUCUUGUCUGUCCAAGCUCCGCCUCUCCCUGCCUAAACCCCACCCAUCACUGAUUAGCCAGUGACCAAGCUCCGCCUCUUCCUGCCUAAACCACGCCUAUCACUGAUUAGCCCAUGACCAAGCUCCGCCUCUCCCUUGGUCAACCCCACCUAUCGCAGGUUACCCUGUGUCCAAGUUUCACCUCUUCCUCCAUGAAAUCCACCUAUCACUGACUAGGUCACAGACAUUUUUGUAAACAGAUUUCUGUAGCAGAAUAUUUUUGGAGACUUACGCUUUAUUUCUAAGCUCUAUUUUUGUACACUGAAUUGCCAUUUGAUUUUGAAGGGGUUUGUUUUCUGUUGAUGUUUUCGUGCUUUGUUCCUUUUGAAUGAAAAGUAAUGCAUGUAAAUAACUUGAAAUGUAAAUAAACUGCCAAAUUUUGGAAAAUG